AUGGAUCAAUCGAAGCACAGCUUGGUUCUACUGCAACAACUAAACAUGCAGCGUGAGUUUGGUUUCCUCUGUGAUUGCACUGUCGCCAUCGGGGACGUGUACUUCAAGGCACACAGAGCCGUUCUUGCUGCUUUUUCAAACUAUUUUAGGAUGAUCUUCAUUCACCAAUCCAGUGAAUGUAUAAAGAUCCAGCCAACAGACAUUCAGCCUGACAUUUUUAGUUACCUUCUGCAUGUCAUGUAUACAGGGAAAACCCCCAAGCAAAGUGUGGACCACUUCCGAUUGGAGGAAGGGGUUAGAUUUCUUCAUGCUAACCUCCUUUCCAUAUCAGCUAAUGAGCCAAGUCAAGUUUUGCCUUCGGAACCAAUGCAGUCCUCCAAUUUAUAUGGAAUUCAGAUCUCCUCGGCUCAGAAAACAAAUAAGGAAACGCUUAACCUAAGAAACAUUCCACCAGCGGCUACUAGGUCUGCUUCACAAGGAGAGCAGCCGCAACUACAGCUGUCUCUUGCGAUUGGCCUUGAAGGUGUAGGCUCCGAACAGCAAAGUUCACAUUUCCCUGCUCAGGUGGGCACCGUAGUUAAAUCGUUAGAAGAAAUUCAGAACACCGUAAAGACCAUAAAGCAGGAAGCCUGUGAUACGGAAUCUGUAAAAUCUCCACAGCAUUCGUUGCUGUCGCAAGAAGAAGUUGAGUUAACGUUUGUUAAGACGGGCAGCAAAACAUACUCUUGCCACUACUGUGGUGAACAUUUUGAUUCUCGUGGCACAUUGAGGGAUCAUUUGCAUAUUCACGUAUCCCAGUCUCUCCCUUUCGGGGUCCCUACCUCCAUUUUAGAAAGCGAUGACCUGGGAGAAGUCCGCCCCAUACUUGAAAACAUUGAGAACACCGAGAGCUGUCACCUUGGCCCUUACGAGGCUCUUCAGAACUCCACCCACACUGAACAGCUGCAGCUCAACCAGCUUUCAUUUUUGUCGAAGGAUGCUGAUCCCAUAGAGCUAAACUGUAACUUUUCCUUCUUACGAAAGAGGAAAUUCACUUGUACGGUGUGCGGACACAGAUUUGUACGGAGGAGCCUGUUACUAGAACACUUAUACACACACAAAGCAAAAUCCCACAAGCUCAGCCGCUAUCAAAGGUUCGGUAAUCAGACUGAUCAUUCCAUACAGAAUUACUGUAACAGUCUGACUGAUAACAAUCCGAAGGAUGAAGAUACAGCUCUAGAACCUCCAUUCCUUGAGGACUUGGAAGACACAAACUCACAAGAAAAUGUGGACUCUGUGCUAGUUGAAUAA